AUGGACUUUAGGGAAAUUCUCCUGAUAGCUUCCAAAGCGCAGGGUGUCAACAACGUGCCGAAAAGAUACAGUUUGGCAGUGGGACCUCCCAAAAAAGACCCCAAAGUUAAGGGUGUCCAGUCAGCAGCUGUCCAGGCUUUUCUCAGAAGGAAAGAAGAGGAGCUCAGACGAAAAGCCUUAGAAGAGAAGAGGAGAAAAGAAGAGCUAGUGAAAAAGCGAAUUGAGCUGAAACAUGACAAGAAGGCAAGAGCUAUGGCCAAGAGGACAAAGGAUAAUUUCCACGGUUACAAUGGGAUUCCUGUUGAGGAAAAGUCAAAGAAGAGGCAGGCAAUGCAAAGUCACACUCGCCAGGGAGCAGACCAAGAGUACGAGGUGGAAGAAGAGGAUGAGUUCUUAGAAUACAAUCAAGCAGAGUCAGAGCAGGAGUACGAGGAAGAGCAGGAACCUCCCAAAGUUGAAAGCAAACCAAAGGUCCCCCUCAAAAGUGCCCCACCAGUCAUGAACUUCAGUGAUCUGCUCAGGCUGGCUGAGAAAAAGCAGUACGAGCCGGUGGAGAUAAAGGUAGUGAAGAAGACAGAAGAGCGGCCCUUGACUGCAGAAGAACUUAGGGAGCGGGAAUUCCUUGAACGAAAGCGGAGGAAAAGGACACCUGAGACAGAUGCCAGGCCACCACCAACCAGAAGAGUACCCUCUCAGAAAGAAAGUGUGGGCACAAAGCUUAGCAGAGGCUCUGGAGACAUGCAUCCUGCUUCCAAGGGUACUGUCCUUCCUCAUCCUGAGAAGAGACCCAGACCCAGCACAGCUGAUGAAAAGCGCUUGCAUUUGUCUUCGUCCAAAUCCGUGCCGGGGGAGAGGACCAAAGGAGCCCCUGGCAGUUGCUCCCAACCCUCACUUCAUGAGGGCCGUGAUAGACCUGUUUUCAAUGGGGCUGGAAAGCCCCACCCCAGCACCUAUUCACCAAGUGUCCCAAAGACUUCUGCUAAAGGGCCUCAGAAAUCUGCCCCCGAGCACAAAGCCAAAAAAUCUCCUCCCCAUCCUAGCCAUUCCAGGCCUGGACCCAUGGCCACCCCACACAAUAAGGCCAAGAGUCCAGGUGUCCGGCCGCCAGGCAGCAGCUCCAGCCCAGCCCCUGGGCGGCCUAGCACAGGGCCUGCCCGGCCCACGGUUAGUCCUGGCCCCGUGCCCAAGCGGCAGAAUGGCAGCUCCAACUCAGGACCCGAGCGAUCAGUCAGUGGGAACAGGAAGCCAGCCAGUGACUUCAGUCCCCCAAGACGGACAGUCAGUGGUACAAGUGGCCUUGGUCGACCUGCAAGCAGCUCAGGGGGCCCUGGGCGGCCUGUCAGUGGCUCCGGUGGUUCUGGGCGACCCGUGGGCAGCUCUGGGGGCCCUGGGCGGCCUGUAAGCAGUCCACAUGAACUUCGACGACCAGUGAGUGGCUCAGGCCCCCCUGGGCGAUUGGUCAGUGGCCCUGGCCGGUCGGUCAGUGGCCCAGCUCCAGCUGGACGACCUGUCAGCAGUUCAGGCCCUGGUAGACCAGGGAGCAGCUUGGGACCUGGGCGAACAGUUAAUACCUCAGGUCCCCCUCUGAAGCCCAAAUGCACUGUUGUCUCAGAAACAAUUUCUUCCAAGAAUAUAAUCAGCCGGCCCAGCAAUGGACAGAUGAAUGGAAUGAAGCCAUCCUUAGCUGGCUACAGAUCAGCCCAUGGUCCUCAAAGGCUUCCCUUUCCUAGUGGUUACAAAAGGCAGCGAGAAUAUGAAGAGGAGGAAGAUGAUGAUGAAGAAUAUGACUCUGAAAUGGAAGACUUUAUUGAAGAUGAAGGAGAACCUCAGGAAGAAAUAUCCAAGCACAUUCGAGAAAUCUUUGGCUAUGACCGAAAAAAAUACAAAGAUGAAAGUGAUUAUGCCUUACGUUACAUGGAGAGUAGUUGGAAGGAGCAGCAGAAAGAAGAAGCGAAGAGCUUAAGAUUAGGUAUGCAAGAAGAUUUAGAGGAGAUGAGACGUGAAGAAGAAGAAAUGAGACGUCGAAAGGCCAAGAAGCUGAAGAAGCGUUAG